GUUUUUAUUGUGAAAUUGACACACUUUAAACAUCAAAAUCAUUCAUAUUUUCACACUUAACGAAAGAUCCUAAACUGUCAGAAUUUGGCACAUUGUUAUCCAACAUAUGCACAAGAUAAGCUGUUAUUAAUUCAGUCUAUAGAAUAUAAAAUCUAACAAUGCAGAUGGUUUUAAUUAAACUCCUCUCAAAUAGUAAGAUUCCAAAACAAUAUUUACAACACCUAUGUAUGUUUUAAAUAGGCAUACAGUGUGAAAUACAAGUACAUCAAGUCCAGUUUGAUGUUGUUUCUCUUCAACAGAGCACCAUCAAAAAUGAUCCACUAAAAAGCAGUAUUUUCUUCAUGUCAAAACAUAUAACAAAAUAGUUUCAGUAGAAAUCACCCCCAUUUGAUAUGUUCUGGAAUUCAAAGUUGGUAUCAGAUGUCCUUCAUCGACUGUGGGAAAAACGUGAGCAGAAAGCUGCUGCCAGAUACGCAGGUCAGUUCAAACAUAGUCUCUUUUGUCCUAGCCGCUGGGGGCCACAGACCUGAUUGGGGAGUACACCAUCCGUGAGGGUGGCCCUGCAUACCUCUUCUCAGGCUGUGGGGGGCAACUACAGCACAGGAUCCCCCCCCAAUGAGGAGUAAUGCGGCUGCUGCCCAGCCCAGGUAGAGAGCCCCUCCAAUCUCCCUUUUCUGAGCCUCAGGAGUGAUGGGACUAUAGACAUCCAUGAUGAUUCUGUUGGCUGACCAGGACACAGGGAUCAGCUGGGUCAGGGAUGCUACGAUGAAGGCCACCCCGGCUGCGAUCAUCACCUGGGCCUUGGCCAUCUCGUCCUCAACACAGUUGGUACACUUAGCCUCCACCACGGCCACCAGCACCCCCAUGAUGCCCACAACUAUAGAGAUGAUUGUGAGGGCUCGGGCUGCCUGCAGGUUGGAGCUGAGGGCUAGCAUGGAGUCGUAGAGGAGUCAUACAGGUCAUCCAGAUGCCCUCCCACAUGGUCUGAGCUGUGAUGAUGUUGACCCCGAUGAAAGCGGACACCCUCCACAUGGGCAUGGCGCAGGACACGAUGCUUAAUAUCCAACCCAGGACAGCCAGGAUCACUCCCAAGAUCUCUAGUCCCAACACAGCCAUUUUGUUGUUUUACCUUCCUUUUCCGACAACUGUGAUCACCUUGGUGUUGUUUGUGGCACGUUGAAGACAGACCCGUCCACGGAACUAACCAGUCAAACUCCUCGUCCGUCAAAGCAGACACGUCCUCCAGGCGAACGGAAGAACGACAGUCUAUAGCCCUCCAACCCCCAAGGACUGACGUCACCUUGCAAGUUCUGUGCAAGCUGUAGCGCCCCCCCACCCCACCCCCAUGGCUGUGGAGGAGCUGGGCAUCACCUUGUCCAUGGUGGGCCUGGCAGGCACCAUCCUGAUCUGCGCCCUGCCCAUGUGGAAGGUCACAGCGUUCAUCGGCACCCACCUGGUGGUCAUGCAGGUGUUCUGGGAGGGCCUGUGGAUGACCUGUGUGUCUGAAACCACGGGACAGAUGCAGUGUAAGAUCUACGACGCUCUUCUAGACCUGUCCCCUGACCUCCAGGCGGCCCGGGGCCUCAUUGUCAUCAGCAUGGUACUGGGCUGCCUGGCGUUCCUCGUCUUCCUCCUGGGGGCUAGGUGUACCAACUGUCUGAGCCAUCCCAGGGUCAAAGCCUGCAUGGUGCAGGCCGCAGGGAUCACCUUCACCCUGGCUGGGUUAAGCAUCAUAGUGGCUGUGUCCUGGACAGCCCAGUCUAUCAUUAGGGACUUCUAUAACCCGCGGGUCCCUGAGGUGCUGAAGAAGGAGAUGGGGGCGGCCAUCUAUGUGGGCUGGGUGACCUCUGGGUUCCUGUUCUGUGGAGGAGGGGUGCUGUGUACCAGAUGUCCUCCAGGGGGGAGAGAGGGCAGGCAUGGUUCCAGCAAUAGGUACACCCUGGCUAGGAUGCCCACUCACACUCACAGCAGCUACGCCAUAAAGAACUAUGUGUGAGAGGGGAGUGCUUUAUUUGCCUGUUAACUUCAGGUAAAUCAUGCAGGUGUUGGCACUCUGAAGAGACAUGUCACAGCAUGUUUUUCCCUCUUUUGAACAUUGCAUGUGCACGUCUGGUCGUUCAGUGUAUUGUCUGACUUUGAUGCAUUUAAAAUUGCCCUGGAACUAUUUGAUACAGUAGCUUUGGUGGAAGUUAUUAAAAAUAAGAUAAUAUUAGUUAAUUAUUGUUAUAAAAUAAGUCUAGCUUAGGUAAUUGUAGAUAUUCAAAUGUCACUAUCCCCAUGAAAGAUGUUUGUUGAGGAAAUAUCUGUUAUUGAAAUAUAAUCACUGAAAAUCAACAGGUUACCGUUAUUGACAGUACAAGUACGUCCACUGAUUGAACCUGAUUGUUUUUACAUCCCUGUGUUGUAAUUCACAUCAUUUCAUUUUUUACAUCCUAUUAAACUGUGGUUAUUUCUUGUAAUGUGUUUUAGGAACAAUGUUUUUCACAUUUGACUUUGUGACUAGAAUCUGCUUUAAAAGAAAAUAGAUGCAGCAUUUUAGACGGCAGCAAAUCAUGUUCUUUGAAUGAUUUGCGAUUUGAACCAAAUAUAAAUAAACAUUUUGAUCCUAAAUUA